AUGAGUCAAAUAGGCAAGGAGCGCCGCGACGAGCACCCGCAAGAAGCCAGCCAGGAUGACACUUCCUACGAUGCUGAAAUGGCUUCGCUAGUUCAGGACCCGAACUUCCGUCAACAGGAACGAUCUCCUCAGGUUGGCAGAGACCAGGAGUCCGGCAGCGACGUUGACAGGAUCUGCGAAGAAGUCGGAAGAAUUUUGAGCGAGAUUAAACAGCAGACUGAGAUCGAGGAGCUGUACCUGUCCGGCAUACAGGAAACCGUUGGCGCACAGGUUGCGGAGGCGGUGGACGAGUUUGUAAAGUCUGCGAGAAGGUACUUCGACUACAAAAGAAAAACAGUCUUCGAUAUCGUGUCGGAGAUCAACGGCGCCCUGCAGAGAAUUGCCGAACACGACAAGAUGCGAGACACGGUCAAAGACGCGAUGGAGGCCACUUGGAACGCACUUGCGUGAACGAGGCUUUUGUGCAUUUGUGUUGUCGAAUAAAGCAAACGACACGAUAAUAAAGGCUUUCCCUUAAUUCAUAUUGUACUCCGGAGGGGUUAGCGUGGUCCUGCGCGCCCUUUCUGAGUAACCCGUAUAUGUGUUUAGCUUAAUUCGCGCUACAUUCGGAUGGGUGACUGGUGUUUUUUUUUUUUUUCCUUUUCAUGCACUCUUUCAAAUGUUAGACCGUACGCAUGCCGCACCAGUUACGAAGUACAUCUGUUUAAGUGACUGGAGCACUGACGACGACGAAGUUUGCCCCCAACGGACGUGAGCUCCUCAGGGACCCGCUUUUUCGUCUUAAUUUGUCAGUUUCCUCGCUUGACCUCAGCACUCAGUAGCCAAAAUUCGGUCGACGACUUCCCGCCUCACCAGGCAGGAAGACUUUUUGGCCUCCAAGACCAGCGGCUCCCACGGCAACCGAAGGAAUUGGCAAAGAAGGGACCCCGUUCUGCUUGAUGCAAGUGGAGAGAUGAAUGCUA